UCUCAACACAGCCAGAGAGCAUCUUGUCCAUCCAAGAAGACAGGAACUCUGGUACCCAGGAAAAAUGACUGAAAAAACCCACUUUGAAACAGAUAUGCUGACGCUCACGCGAUUCGUUAUGGAGAAGGGACGGCGCGUUAAAGGAACGACAGGGGAGCUGACACAGCUGCUCAACUCCAUACUGACUGCCAUAAAGGCCAUUUCCUCUGCUGUCAGAAAGGCAGGCCUUGCCCACAUGUUUGGUAUAGCUGGCACCGUGAAUGUGACUGGUGAUGAGGUGAAGAAACUGGAUGUAUUAUCCAACUCCCUGGUGAUUAAUAUGCUCCAGUCCUCUUACAGCACCUGCGUCCUGGUCACAGAGGAGAACAAAGAGGCUAUCAUCACCCCGAAAGACAAGCGGGGUAAAUAUGUGGUGUGCUUUGACCCCCUUGAUGGCUCAUCCAAUAUAGACUGCUUGGCACCAAUAGGAACAAUAUUUGCUAUCUACAGAAAGGAAACAGACGAUGAACCCUCUGAAAAAGAUGCUUUACAGCCUGGACGCAAGAUUGUCGCUGCAGGCUAUGCCCUGUAUGGUAGUGCUACACUGGUUGCCCUCUCCACAGGACAAGGAGUGGACUGCUUCAUGCUUGAUCCGGGUAUUGGUGAAUUUAUUUUGGUGGACAGAGAUAUUAAAAUCAAGCAGAAAGGGAAGAUAUACAGUCUCAAUGAAGGAUAUGCGAAGUAUUUUUAUCCUGAAAUGACAGAAUAUUUACAAAAGAAGAAAUUCCCUGAGGAUGGCAGUUCCCCAUAUGGUGCCAGGUAUGUGGGAUCCAUGGUAGCUGAUGUUCACCGUACAUUGAUGUAUGGUGGGAUCUUCAUGUAUCCUGCUAAUCAGAAGAAUCCUAAAGGAAAGCUCCGACUUCUCUAUGAGUGCAACCCUAUGGCUUUCAUCAUUGAGCAAGCAGGCGGGAUAGCAACUACGGGGACUGAACCAGUAUUGGAUGUGAAACCUGACAAUAUUCACCAGAGAGUUCCUAUUAUCCUUGGUUCUCCAGAUGAUGUGCAAGAAUACCUUGCUUUUGUGAAGAAGCACAAGAAGAGCAGCUAA